AUGGUGCAAGGAAAGUUUGUGUCCUCCCUAAUUGUUGUGUUCACUAUUCUUCUUCUUCUUCAACUUGUCUCUGCCGAUGACUGCGAGUUCCAAACGAAGCACUAUGCCAUCUCUGGAUUUGUUGGGUUUGGAGCCGUGUUGGGAACCUUUCUCUUGAUUGGAAGUAUCUGCAAUGUGUCUGCGUACUGUGCUGGCCCAUCGUCGAAGAAGCCAUAA